CGACCGUUAUCUCCGUAACAAUAGAAUGACCCAGAAACACUUGCGCAUAAAAUCUUGGGCAUGGAAACAUUUCACUAUCUGUCGAGAAUUUCUAGUCUUCGGCCAGUGCUUUCCUGACUUCGGUCUAUUCUUACAGCUCGAAGAACAAAAGUUCGUGCUUUUCUCGUCAAGUUCGCGAAUGAGUUAAAGAAACAGUACAGCGAACACCGUAUGAACAGUCGAAAGUUGCCAAAAUUUCCCUCGAUAAAAAACGUAUUCUUGAUGAAAUUAAGCACGGCAGAAUAUUUCACAGGUGCCGAAAAUGCCGGAGACAUUGAAAUACGAGAAAAUUGAAAGUGACACGGAAUGCGGGAAAGUGCUCAACACUCUCUUCGUCAACAAAUUUCGUCGUGGGUACGUGCGGGUCAAGGGGGCCGUCAUGCCCGAAGACUUCAAAAAAUUCGGUGACAGAAUCCAACAGAUGGAUAUCAGAGAUGAUGACGUCUUCGUUUGCAGCUUUCCCAAAGCAGGCACAACAUGGGCUCAGGAAAUGGUCUGGUGCAUUGCGAAUAAUUUAGAUUAUAAAGGAGCGGAGGUUGUUCUCCCGGAAAGAUUUCCAUUUCUCGAUUACUCAAUUAUUUACAACCACGAGGUGAUGUACGAAGAAGACCCGGAUUUCUCCGCCCCUGACUAUGUCAUGCAGUCGGUCAAAUACGUCAACGAGCUGAACACACGAAGAUUCAUCAAAACUCAUCUACCCUUUAGGCUACUCCCCGAAAAACUUCAAAAUUUCUCAACGCAAGCCAAAAUUAUAUACAUGUGCCGUAACCCAAAAGAUGCAUGCGUUUCAUACUACCGUUAUUAUCAGCUGAUCGGUGACUAUACGGGUGAUUUUGAUACGCUUUGUAACUCUUUCAGAAACGACAUGCUGCCUUAUUCACCGUUUUGGCAGCACGUUUUAGAGUACUGGGCUCAACGGAAUAAUCCAUGUGUCUUGUUCCUGAGGUACGAGGAGAUGAAAAAGGACCUGCCCUCGGUGAUCCGGAGGACGGCGACGUUCUUGGGCAAGUCGUUGUCCGAGGAGGAGUUGCCUCGGCUGGCGCAGCACCUCAGCUUCGAGAGCAUGAAGGGCAACCGGGCCGUCAACUACAAGCCGCAGAUCCAGAUCAACAAGAAGUACAAUCUCAGCGAGAGGGACGGCACGACGAUGCCUUCCGGCUCCGUUGGCGGCUGGAAGAAGUUGAUGACGCCGCAGACCGUCAAAGAGUUCGACGCCUGGAGCGAGGCCAAAGUCAAUGGCUCCGGCUUCAAGCUCGUCUGUUGAGAGAUCAACCUCGUCUCUUGAGAGAUCAACCUCGUCUCUUGAGAGAUCAACCUCGUCUCUUGAGAGAUCAACCUCGUCUCUUGAAAGAUCAACCUCGUCUCUUGAAAGAUCAACCUCGUUUCUUGAUAGAUCAACCUCGUUUCUUGAUAGAUCAACCUCGUCUCUUGAGAGAUUAACCUCGUCUGUUGAGAGAUCAACCUCGUCUGUUGAGAGAUCAACCUCGUCUGUUGAGAGAUCAACCUCGUCUGUUGAGAGAUCAACCUCGUCUCUUGAGAGAUCAACCUCGUCUCUUGAGAGAUCAACCUUGUCUGUUGAGAGAUCAACCUCGUCUGUUGAGAGAUCAACCGCGUCUCUUGAGAGAUCAACCUCGUCUCUUGAGAGAUCAACCUCGUCUCUUGAGAGAUCAACCUCGUCUCUUGAGAGAUUAACCUCGUCUCUUGAGAGAUCAACCUCGUCUCUUGAGAGAGACCUCCACGCAGUAGUGAUAGGUUUAUCGGGGAGGAUCACGUUGAAGCGGGCUCCGGGCUCAUUGUUAAAAUUUAUAGACAAAGAAGAAAAAAAGGAUUUAGAGCAGUGUUCGAAACUCACCUUUGAGUGUUAGAAGCCAUGUGGCGCAUUAAGCUCGACUUUUAGGGGCCAUUGAAGAUUUCU